AACAAAGUUGUGUUGUAACGUGGGAGGUACAACCUAUGGUACUAACAUUAGUGUUGUAUAAUUUAGAGGGCUAAUGCUGUGACUUUUAGGCGACAAAUAAAGCAAAUGCGACGACCAAAAUCAAGUUGAUGCGGAACUGUUGACAUUCAAACAAGAAGGAGGCAUCAUUCAGUGAAGAACACAGGAAACACCCAUUUACUUUUUAGAAGGGAUAACGAGUUUCCUCCCAAAAAUACUUGUCAUUAUUGCGCGAUCUCAUUCUGCUCCUGUUUAUUUACAAAAUGCUGAUUAAAGUAAAGACACUCACAGGCAAAGAGAUAGAGAUUGACAUUGAGCCCACAGAUAAGGUGGAGCGGAUUAAAGAAAGGGUGGAGGAGAAAGAAGGGAUCCCUCCACAGCAGCAGAGGUUGAUCUACAGUGGGAAACAGAUGAACGAUGAGAAAACAGCGGCAGACUAUAAAAUCCAGGGAGGCUCCGUUCUCCAUCUGGUACUUGCUCUGCGAGGAGGACAGCUGCUACACUUCACCAGAAACAUACAAUCGAAGAAUGCAUUGUAGUCAUUCCUUGGAAACCUGCUGUGCCUACAAUGAUCGGAUACACCGAAGACGUGCAGUUCUGCAGAGUCACCUGGCGGCAUUGUAGGCAACACUCAUUUGUAGAAAGCUCCCAGGUUCUACUUGUGGCAAACACGUACUGACAGCCACAAUAUGUUGGCUGCAAACACAUCUGUAACAAUGGGGAGACACUCCAUAUGUAAAAGGUGCCCUGGUUGAAAAGGCACAGUCAGAAUGAAACAAAGCUGUGGCUUAUUGCUGCAAUAGAAAACUGUAACGUCACCCUCUUUCUGCAUGUAAGCACAAGUCUUUGUCCCACUGAUGACAAAACAAACACAACAUAUACAGAUGCUCCAAGGAAACCCCGCCCCUGGAUUGCGGUCGUUUCCAGAACACAAACUAAGGUUGACUUUUUCAUCCAUGUUUUAUUACGUUUGAAAUUGCCCCAACUCACUUUGCUUAAUUAUUAGAGGCUACUGGGUUUAUGAGCAUAUCUAAAUUCAUUUUCUUGAGUAAAGCACCCAUGUUAGUUAGAAGCUGGACAACAGCGUAGUUAGACCUUCCAGCACUAAUUCAAAAUCAUGUACCACCGAAUCCAUUCAGUUGGAUAAUGUUUUACAUCAUUUCAUGUGAAUUGUAUUUGUUAAGAAAAUGUGUUGCGAUUUGCACAUUGUUCUAUUGCAAAAUGACAAGGAACGUACCAACUAUGGUGUUGUCUGACAAUGGGCUCAGUUUACAUGGAUAUUGUAAGGUUUGUGUGUUCAGAUAAGCAAUGUUUUGUUUCGGGAUUGCUGUGUCAGCGCCAUUAGACCCGACUACAGAAUCUAGUGACAAGGACCUAUGAUCUGGAUUUAUUUUUCAGUAAAAUAAACUCUUUUGAAAGCUGAAAA